GGCGGCCGCUCAGUAUAACUCGUGGGGCUGCGGCGGCCAUGGCCACAGCCGCCUCCAACCCCUACGGCCUGCUGGGCGCCGGCGCGCUCGCCCACGCCGAGGGCGCGGGCAUGCAGCAGGGCAGCCCGUUCCGCAGCCCGCAGAAGCUGCUGCAGAGCGAGUACCUGCAGGGCGUCCCGGGCAAUGGGCACCCGCUGGGGCAUCACUGGGUGACCAGCCUGAGCGACGGCGCGCCCUGGCCCGCGGCGCUGGCGGGCGGCCCCCUGGAGCAGCCCGACGUGAAGCCGGGCCGCGAGGACCUGCAGCUGGGCGCCAUCAUCCACCACCGCUCGCCCCACGUCUCCCACCACUCGCCCCACGCCAACCACCCCAGCGCCUGGGGGGCCAGCCCGGCGCACAGCGCCUCGCUCGCCGCCCCCGCCGCCGCCGCCGCCGCCGCCGCCGGGCAGCCCCUCGGCGUGUACUCGCAGGGCGGGUUCGCGGUGGGCGGGAUGCUGGAGCACGGCGGGCUCACCCCGCCGCCCGCCGCCGCCGCCGGGCAGGGCUUGCACCCGGGGCUGCGCGGCGAGGGCGGCGGCGAGCACGGCGAGCUGGGCGGCCACCACUGCCAGGACCACUCGGACGAGGAGACGCCGACCUCGGACGAGCUGGAGCAGUUCGCCAAGCAGUUCAAGCAGCGCCGCAUCAAGCUGGGCUUCACCCAGGCCGACGUGGGGCUGGCGCUGGGGACCCUCUACGGCAACGUCUUCUCGCAGACCACCAUCUGCCGCUUCGAGGCCCUGCAGCUCAGCUUCAAGAACAUGUGCAAGCUGAAGCCGCUGCUGAACAAGUGGCUGGAGGAGGCCGACUCCUCCACGGGCAGCCCCACGAGCAUCGACAAGAUCGCGGCGCAGGGGAGGAAGAGGAAGAAGCGGACCUCCAUCGAGGUGAGUGUCAAGGGCGUGCUGGAGACGCACUUCCUCAAGUGCCCCAAGCCGGCCGCCCAGGAGAUCUCGUCGCUGGCGGACAGCCUGCAGCUGGAGAAGGAGGUGGUGCGGGUCUGGUUCUGCAACCGGCGGCAGAAGGAGAAGCGCAUGACCCCUCCGGGGGAGCAGCCGCAGCACGACGUGUAUUCCCACGGCGUGAAAACGGACACGGGCUGCCACGACCUCUGACCGCGGUCCGGCCGCGGGACUGCCCUCGGGGCUUUCUUUUAACUUAUGCUUUCGGGAGUCGCGGCGCGGGGUCCCCGCCCGCCGCCGCCUCGGCAAUAUUUUUAUUCCUCUCUCCGACCUUCCCGCUGGUCACACACGGUGUUUACUCGCAGACAAGGUUUGUUUUUCGGGCUCCGCUUGGACGAAGGAAAAAAAAAAAAAAAAAAACAACCCACCCAACAAAACCCGACCACACAACAAAAACAAAACCCCAACGGAAAGGAAAAAUAGAGAAAAAAAAAAAGAAAAAAAAAGGAAAACCCAUGGGAAAAAAAUUUAAAAAAAAAUCAAAAACAAACACAAAACGAAAAACCCGACAGAAAAGGAAAGACAGAUGUGUGCCUAUGAAUAACCUUCCAGCGCCUUGGUUAUAUCAGCUGUAUUUCAGGUGAAUCUGUUUUACAAUAGACUAGUUUUGCAUUUUUAAAGACUUAUAUAGCGUUUUUAAAUGUCUGAGGUGUUUUACUACAAACUGUACACAAUAUUUGUGACCUAAUUUGUACCGAAUCGAGCAGUCAAAAGCGUUUCUCCCUUGCCCACGCCACCGGCAAUGUCACCCAGCGGGGACGGGGCAGGGCGGCCGCGGCCCUUCCUCGCCUUCCCCCCUUUCCCCGAGGACACGGGGGUCCCUCCGCACCCGCGGAGCCCCCGCACCGAUGUGAAGAACAGGCUUAUUUGUUGCAGCUUUUUUCUUCCUUUUUCAAGAACUUCCCAACACCGUAAAACGGUCGGGUAACAAUCCUGACCUUCCCCCCCGCCAUUCUUCUCCCAAGGAAAACAAAAAUUUUAUAUAUAUAUAUAAAAAAAUAAUUAUUUCUGAGAGAUUUACCCGAAAUUAAGCAUCACAACCAAACCCGUGGCAUUUGCCAGUCUUUUUUUCUUUCCGAAGAUGAGUUGGGCUUUUUGAUCAGCGCCAGACUGAGAGGUCUGUAGUAAAACACCUUUAUCCUUCUGCGCUUUGGCUUCGGAAAUCGGUUUCUCUGUAUUUUGUUUCGAUAGUGAAGAGGAAUGAGGUGUCUCAUGAAUUUCGGGGAGAGGGGGGGAGGGAGGGAUGGAUUGGGACAGAAAACACCUGCAUUUGGUUCACGCUGAGCUUCUUUCCGUGUCACAGGGAGAUGCUGGAUUUGUGGAAAAGCUUUUAUAGGGAGGGGGAAAAAAUAUAAUCAGCGACAAAACGAACAGGGAGAAAAAAAAAAACAAACCAAACCAAAACAACAAAACAAAGGAAAAGUCAGUAAAAUGCUAAACGCAGAACCCUUUUUUGGGCACAGGGAGGUGCAGAGCUGUAACCGCCCCCUCUCCUCGCCCCUUGUUGGACACAAGGACGGGGGUGCAGCGCCCACGCACCCACCCACGGGGGUUGUGUGGGUGGGUGGGUGCUCCUGCACCCCCCGGGGCCGCCGGGCAGGGCCGGGCUCCCCCCGCACCCGGGACCCCCCGCACCCGGGACCCCGUACAGCCCCGCUCCCUCCCCUCGCCCUCCAGAUGAUUUUUUCCUUUCCACAUUUAUAUUUUUCAAGUAUUUUUCAGUAAGCGCUAAAAAAAAAAAAAAAACCAAAAAAAAAUUAAGAAAAAAAGAAAAAAAAAAAAAGAAAAAAAUGACACUGAGGACCUGCCUAUUUCUGCCAACUUUAUAACUGUACAGUUUUGUAUAUUAAACGUUUUUUGGAAGUUAUUAAUUUAAAGAAAGAUCAUUUAGUUUAUUCAUUUAGUAACUGAUGUAUAAUAAACGCUAUUUUCAUUAAAGGUUGCUUUUUUCAACUAUUUUAUCCAAAAUUGCCUAUUGCAGUUGCCAACAAUUAUUUAUUUUCAAUAAAUUCCGCAUUAUGUUUAAAAAAAAAAAGAGAGAGAUUAAAAAAAAGAAACGUUUCAGAGAGAAACGACAAAAAAAAGCGCCUAAAUGGGUGUCGGAUAAAAAUAAUAACGAAACACACGAGUGGCUGUAACGUUUGGUUGUCGACCAGUUUUAGUCAAGGGGUUUAUAUUGACGCAAUAUUUUAUUGUUGUAAAAGGAGAAAAAAAAAUUAAACAAAAAAAAAAAGUUUAAAUAAACAUUUUUACGAAAGAAAACCAAAAUAAGA